GAAGCCCCCGUCCUGGCGUCAUGGCAUGUCCAGGCCCCUGGCUUCCCUCCUCUCAUCUCUUCCGGUGCUGGUGCCCAGUUCCUUGUUUCUCUUCCUGACUAAGUGUGGAUUUAAGACCUCAGGAAUCAGCAGCAGCAAAUCAGCUGUUCUUCCCAAUAGCCAUAGGCCCCAAGGGAUGGUGGUGACCAUGGAGGACUCCAAGGAAGUAGAUGAGGAGGAGCUGAUCUCCGACGGUAGCAGAUAUUCUGGAAAAAGCUUUGGAGUCCGAUCGUCUUUGGGGCUUGGGAAUUUUCCAGCUUUUCUGGGUCAUGGUCAUGUCCCCCAGCUGCUACAGCUCAUUCUCUUUGUUCUACUUGCUGCACUUCUGAUGGCCACCUUCAUUCAAGUCUCUAAGGUCCCUAACUCAGAAGAACUGAAGCAGAGUCAGUCAAAGCAGGAGACGAUUUACCAGGAAUUGACCCGGAUGAAGGCUCAAGUGGACCAUCUAUGCCGGCCCUGCCCCUGGGACUGGAUAUCUUUCCAAGGGCAUUGCUACUUCCUCUCCAAUUCCCAACGGAACUGGCAUGACUCUGUCACCGCUUGCCAGGAAGUGGAGGCCCAACUCGUCAGCAUUGAAAGUGAUGAGGAGCAGAGCUUCCUGCAACAGACUUCUAAGAAGAAAGGCUACACGUGGAUGGGGCUGUCAGACCUGAAUCAGGAAGCCGCGUGGGUCUGGGUGGAUGGCUCACCACUGUCCAACAGACUGAAGAAAUAUUGGAAUAAAGGACAACCCAACAAUAAUGGGGGACAAGACUGUGUGGAAUUUAGAGGCGAAGGCUGGAAUGACUCCAACUGUGACAACAAGAAAUUCUGGAUCUGCAAAAAAUCUUUGAGUCCCUGCUCUCACAAGUGGUGUCUAGGCCGUGGCCACACCCCUCUUGUGCUGAAGCUGCUCUUCUUCAUCUUCUUCUCCGGGCUCCUGCUGGCCAUUCUCGUCCAAGUCUUCAAAGUCCCCAGCGAUCAAGGACAGUCCAAGCAAGAGGAGAUCUACCAGGAGAUGAUUCAACUGAAGGCUGGAGUGGACCGCCUGUGCCGGCCCUGCCCCUGGGACUGGACGUCCUUCCAAGGAAACUGUUACUUCUUCUCCAAGUCCACCCGGAAUUGGACGGAUUCUGUCAUCGCUUGCAAAGAAACAGGGGCCCAACUGGUUGUCAUCAAAAGUCAUGAGGAGCAGAACUUCUUGCAACUGAUCUCCAAGAAUAAAGGCCACACGUGGAUGGGGAUGUCAGACCUGAACACAGAAGCCACAUGGCGCUGGGUGGAUGGUUCACCCCUGUUGCCUGCCUUCAUGAAGUACUGGAACCCGCAGGAGCCCAACAACCUGGGGGAGGAAGACUGUGCGGAGUUUGACGGCAACGGGUGGAAUGAUGACAACUGUGACGUCAACAACUUCUGGAUCUGUAAAAAGCCAGCAGCGUCCUGCCCCAACCAAUGA